GGACCAUGCAGAAAUCUUAAACGCAACUUUAUCGCCUGAGAUUAUCACGUUACGGUAAACUAGUUUACACCUUGCAAGUCGCUUGCUCGGUUUCGCCUUGGGACAGUUUUUUUCGUUUUUAUUUCCUAGCUACCGACCACAGUUGCACCAGGCAUCUCUUCCUCCGUUAAGGCUUUACAAACCCUGCCCACUUUUUGCCUGGUUUGCGGAUGACAUCACAGCUUUAAAUAUUCCCCGUUGCCGUUUCCCCUCCUGUCCGCAUCAUCUGUCCCCGAGUCGUGGAGAGGCGACGAAAAGUCCGGAGAGCGAAAGGUUUCCAACAAUGGUUUUGUAGCUAUAGCCAACGAGCUUCUCGAAAACCGGUGAAAAACAGCUUUUGUGAAAGGUCUUUGGUUAGCAGCGCGGCUCGUAUUGUCGCGCGUGCUCGAAUCUUCUCCAUUAAAAGCGCAGCGUACUGCUAGAAUCACUGCGAGGUUCCAGCUGGUCAUCCUAACAGCUUGGGGGAAAAAGGCGGUUACUCGAAAACCCUGCCUGGAAAGAAGUGACGGGAGUGCAAGAGAGGAAAUUACGGAGGAUUCGACCGAGAAAAAGAGGUUUAUUGCCUUGGAGAAGUGUAUAAACUAAGUUCGCAAUGUCUCUUUCGGUCCCACAGAACGGAGUAAAGGGGGACAACGAGCCAGUUAUCGAGCUCUUUGUGAAGGCGGGGAGCGAUGGCGAGAGCAUCGGGAACUGCCCCUUCUCCCAGCGCCUCUUCAUGAUCCUGUGGCUCAAGGGCGUGGUCUUCAACGUCACCACCGUCGACCUGAAGAGGAAGCCGGCUGAUCUGCAGAACCUGGCCCCCGGCACACACCCCCCCUUCAUCACCUACAACGGGGAGGUCAAGACCGACGUCAACAAGAUCGAGGAGUUCCUGGAGGACGUUCUCAGCCCACCAAAGUACACUAAGCUGGGGGCUCGGCACCCUGAGUCCAACACCGCGGGGAUGGACAUCUUCGCCAAGUUCUCCGCCUUCAUCAAGAACUCCAAACCAGACGCCAACGAGGCCCUGGAGAGAGGGCUGCUGAAGACUCUGCAGAAGCUGGAUGAGUACCUGCGCUCCCCGCUGCCCGACGAGAUCGACCACAACAGCAUCGAGGACGUCCCGGUCUCCACCCGCAAGUUCCUGGACGGCGACGAGAUGACGCUCGCCGACUGCAACCUGCUCCCCAAACUGCACAUCGUCAAGGUGGUGGCGAAGAAGUACCGCGGCUUCGACAUCCCCAAGGACAUGGCGGGCGUCUGGAAGUACCUGGGCGAGGCCUACACCCGCGAGGAGUUCACCAACACCUGCCCCAGCGACAAGGAGAUCGAGAUCGCCUACGCCGACGUGGCCAAGAGGCUAGUCAAGUAGUCCCCCAGCCUCUGGCCACGCCCCCCCCUCCAGCCCCGCCCCCCUCUUCAAGCCCGCCCCUUUCCCCACCCCCCCCUACUCAGUUAGCACUGGGACAUGAGAUACAAACGACACGUGUAUCAGACAACAUAAUCUCUCUCUCUCUCUCUCUCUUUCUCCUCGUUUAGAAGCAUCAUAAAGAGAUAACCAUUGCAUGAUUGCUUUUGUUUUCCUCGAGAUUUUAUGCUGUUAGCGGAAAUUCAUUUUACCCCUUCCCCCUUUUUUUCUUCAGUUUUUUUUUUUUUUUUUUUUGGCUUUUAUUUUGGAGUGGGACAGGACAAGCAAUAAGAAGCUGCCAAAGGUGUUAUUGCAUAUCAUGGUCUACCCACAAUGCACUGUGCCUUUUGUUGUGGAAUUUACCCCCUGCUACAGCCAGCUCAGUUCAGCGCCCUUUGCCCAUCUACAGAGGGCUGAGGCUGCAGUUUGGGGGUACCCCCCCCCACCCCACUUUUUGUGAUGAAAAAGCUCAUGUAGAUCCUCAAGGAAAGCGCUUGACAAGUUUAGAGAGGUGCAUUCAGGAAAAUUUUUUUUUUUUUGCCUUAAUCAAGGACAUCUACUAUUUAAAAAAAAAAGUGCGCUUCUCUUCUUCCUCCUCAUCCUCAGUGUUUUGGAAUAAGUGAUGGCAGGUAUGCCGUUGCCGUAGAAACACUGAGACCUGGAGUGGGAAGGAGGGAUAACUGGGCAGGAAGAGAAGAAGAAAGAUGAGUGGGGGCAGACCCCCCUCCUCCUCGAGCCUGGGAUCGGCUGGACCCCUGUCCUCGAAGCUCUGAUACCUGCCCUGCGGUAACCAUUGGAACACUGUAGCGAAAACGCAAAUGAAGUUCAUAGAUGAAGUCUGGCAGUGGCACUCUCGUCCAUCGACAGUCAUAAAAGCUUUGCUAUAUUAAUGAUAUAGACGAUGUAGCUGGAAAGGAAAGUGUUAAUGUUUUCACUGAAGUAUAAAAAAAAAUAAAAAAAACCUCAAACCAAGGGGGUUUAGCUUUAGAAUUGUGGGAUAUAAUAUUGUAGUGAGGUGGGAGGGGUUGUAAUAAGCUUCAGACUUCCAUCUCAAAGGUAUAGUGACACAUUUAAUUUGGUUCUGACAACCAAAAGAUGUCUAUUUUACCACCUGCUUGGUGAUGCACCUCUCCUCACCCAUCUCUCUCUCUCUCUGUCUCUCUCAUUCUCUCUCACCCUCCCUCUCUCUGUCAUAUGGAUUUCAUAUAUGAAGGGAACUAUCAUGCGCACUAGACUGCAGUAGUUUAUAUUUCUUCACAUAAGAGCGGAGGGGUGGGAUAGAAAAGGCUUCCAUUUCCCCGGCCUUGAGUGAGUUGUGUAUUUUUUUUUUUUUUUUUUUUAAACUGUGGAUGGAGUGACUCCUGCUGUGGAACAGAGGAAAUUUAAGCCACGUGCCUGAGCGUCUCCCCCGAGCGCAUUGAUUGGCUUACCGGUAACACUAGCGCGCGGGCGGAAUUACCCUAAAGAUGGCUACCGGGAGGAGGGGAGUAACCAGAGAAUGUUAGUGCCUUGAGUACAGCCACUGGCCUUGGUUUCUCCGCUAUCUUCGUCGGAACAACCCUCAGAUUAGCCGAAUGUACUCGACGACAGUUCUCGAUAACAUUAAAAAAUGAUGCUUUGUUUAAUUUAUUUUCUUUUCAUUCUUUUUUUAGGUUGAUUUCCACCCACCCCCUCACUGUUUCCUUACCCCAGACGUUUAUGUUUUAAUUAAAUGUUAUAAAAAGAAGGAAUAGAAGAAAAAAAGGAAUUGUAAAUAUUUUGUUUUGAGUGUUCAUAAAAAAAAGUUUGACAAUUUUUAUACAUUCAUUUGAUUUGAAGGAGGGGAACUAAGACCUUUUUACACGCUUCUGGGGUUUUGUAUUAGAUUAAAAAACGUCUGUUCAGGACGUGUUCGACGUGUUCUAUGUUUCGUUUAUUUUACUUGCAGUACAGUUUUCAUUUGCCAUUCCAUUACAGUUUACGUAAUUUUCAAACAAAAGACACAAGCGAUGAUUGUGGCCUGUUUUUGUUCGUUUGGUUUACUAUUUUGACAGUAUUGAAAGGAACCUCUAAUUGGCAUCUGAUGACUCACUGCCCCCUGAAACGACAAAUUCCCUGCCAGACACCUUUCCGACUUCGAUGUGUCCCCACCCCAUCCCUCAAGUCAAAUGAAAGCAUGCGACAGACAUGUGCUUGGUAUAGGUAGGUUUAUGCUGCCGUUUGGGUGUUCGCAAAACCUUUAAGCAAAUGUUCUCUUCGGGCAAACUUAGCACAUACUUUUCCCCACAUAAUGGAACGGGUUUACUCAGCCGCUUCGGGGAAGAUGCUGGUGGUCGAGACCGAGGGACAGGUUUGAAACCCGAUCAAGAUCCCCGUACAAUGUGUUAUAGUGUUGCAGCAUAUCAAAAUAUUUUUUAAAAAACCGCGCUCACAUUUCUGUAACAUCCUAAACUAGUGGGGUUUUUUUUUGCGCAAGCUUGGGAAAAGUGUCUCCCCUUGUGUGCCAUCACGUCUCCGCCACGCGAGUGCCUUUCAAACUAACGGAACGAGGGAGUCUCACUCGGCUGGUCGAAGUGAAAAUCACCACUUAAAAGGAAUUAUAAAAAACAAAAAAACGGAUGGUGAGAGCGUUUUUAGAAACCAACACUGCAAGCAUCAUACUCUGUGGAAUUUAUAAUUAUUUAGAUAUCAGUUUCUUAUUUUGUGUCAUACUAACUUUCAAAUAUACGCAUUUACACCUGUUUUUACUGAUAUCCUGCCGUUUAUUUACUGCGCGUGCUUCAUAUGCUUUUGUGCCAGUGUAAAAGUGUGGUGUUAUGCAGUGUACAUCUGCUGUGAUCAGCACUUUUUUUUCCUGGUAUAUCCAUAAACCGCUGGCAGCUAACAAUAAAAAUAUAUAUUUUCACUA